AUGGCUUCGGGUCAAUCAUGGCUCAACCAAGAUUUUGGUGGUGAUGAUGAGGAGUCUGACAACGACUUCAACCCUGGAGUUGAGGCUGGCUCCGACGCUGAAGAUGAUGCGGUAGACUCUAAGCCACAACGAUCGAAACGAGACGCCAGUGAUUCGGAAGACGAACGGCGCAGCACUUCCAGAACCAAUGGAAAACGGUCGUCUUCGUCCGGUCGAAAACCGCAACCUCCGCUAGACGACGAUGACGCAGACGCCGAAGAGGACGCAAAAGCGGAUGACGAUGAGGAUGAUGAAGGCGAGGGCGAAGACCUGAAUGGGGACGACGAUGAAGAGGAUGAAGAAGACGAGGAGGACGAGGACGAGGACGCAGUCACAAGCCGGCCUCGAAAGCGUAGACGACGAGGGCUGAACCAGUUCUUCGAAGAAGAAGCCGAAGUCGACGAGGAUGACGAUGAGAUCGAGGCUGACGAGGACGACCUGGGACCCGAAUUCAUCCAAGAUACACACCCCGACGAUGACAUUCCGCCGGAAGCCGACCAGGAUGAUGCGCGGCACAGAGAGCUGGACCGACAGCGACAACUGGAGGCGUCUAUGGAUGCUGAGAAGCAGGCUGCAGCUUACAGGGAAAGAUACGGACGAAGAACAACCGCAGCACUCAGCAAUACUUCUUUUGUGCCACAGAAUUUGCUGAUGCCUGAUGUCAACGAUCCGAGCAUCUGGGGUGUGAGGUGCAAAGCCGGUAAGGAGCGCGAAAUCAUCAGCAGGCUCAUGAGGAAAUUCUUCGAGAGCCAAAACAGUCGUAAACCGCUGCGCAUCUGCUCUGCGUUUGAGCGCGGCGAUGGGCCUAUGGCUGGAUAUAUCUUUGUUGAAGCUCGGCAGAAGGUUGAUGUUGACGAGGCACUGGCAAAUGUUCCGGAUGUGUAUCCGAGGUCGAAAAUGAAUCUGGUCCCUGUCAAAGAAAUGCCCGACCUUUUGAGAAUCAACAAGAGUAAAGAACUCGAAGUUGGGGGCUACGUUCGUGUCAAGCGUGGACUGUACCAGGGUGAUCUGGGCAUGAUAGAGGCUGUUGAAUCUAAUGGUCUCGAGGUGACAGUGCGACUUGUUCCGAGGCUCGCAUAUGGAGCCGAUGAGGAUCUCACCCGUCCACUCGGCCCAGAUGGUAAGCGCAAGCGUCCGAAUGCGUUCGGUGCCGGGAACAGUGUUACCAAUCGGCCGCCUCAGCGGCUGUUCAACGAGGCUGAAGCCAGGAAAAGGCAUGACAGAUUUGUGCAGCAGAAUAGAGGUCUCUCUAAUAAGAGUUGGACAUACAAAGGCGACCAGUACGAAGAUGGCUUCUUGAUCAAAGACUUCAAACUACAGCUCCUCACCACCGAGAACGUGAACCCGAGGUUGGACGAGAUCACGAAACUCACGAAAACUGCGGCCGAUGGUACCGAAACUUUGGACCUGGAAUCCCUCGCACACAGUCUACGGAACACAACAGCAGAAGGCAGUUUCCUGCCCGGCGAUGAAGUUGAGGUGUAUGAGGGCGAACAGAGGGGCAUCAUAGGCAGGACAGAGGCUGUCAAGGGUAACAUCGUGUCUAUCAUGGUAUCCGAAGGCGAACUAGCCGGUCAGCUUGUCGAGGUGCCGGUAAAGGGGUUACGGAAACGUUUCAGAGAAGGCGACAACGUCAAGAUCAUUGGAGGCAGUAAAUAUCGCGACGAAGUCGGAAUGGUUCUUCGCAUUAAAGACGACAAAGUCACUGUUCUCACCAACACGAGCAAUGAGGAGAUCACUGUUUUCAGCAAAGAUCUUCGAGAAGCUACAGAUGGUGGCAGCGGGGGUGCUGGAACCAGUAAAUUCGAUGUUCAGGAACUGGUCCAGAUCGAUCCUACCACCGCUGGCUGCGUCAUCAGAGCUGACCGUGAAUCGAUACGGUUAUUGGACCAAAAUGGUUCACUCACAACAAGAAUGCCUUCACAGGUCCAUAGGAUUGAAACUCGGAGAAAUGCCGUGGCUACAGACAAGAACGGUUCCGAGAUUCGAGUGGGUGAUGUUGUUCGUGAAUCUGGCGGCGAGGGCAAGAGCGGCACCAUAUUGCACAUCCACCGAGGAUACGUGUUUGCCCACAACAAACUUGGAAUCGAGAAUUCUGGUAUCUGGGUUGCAAGAUGUAGUAACGUGAUCACAACCGCUGCAAAGGGUGGUCGUAUCACAGCACCUACCACGGAUCUCACAAAAAUGAACCCUGCCUUGCAGAUGAAGCGUCCAGACAUGUCCAUGGCUCCGCCUCAACGACCUGGCCGCGACCCGCUUCAAGGACGACAUGUCCACAUCAACAAGGGCACUUACAAAGGUCACCGUGCGAUAGUCAAAGAAACGACGGCCGGGGAAGCAAGACUUGAACUUCAGACCAAAAACAAGACCAUCAACCUCAGCAAAUUUGACCUUUCCAUCGUUGACACCAACACUCAGGCUAAAACGAGAUACGAGGAUUGGAUUCGACAACGGGGUGGGCCCCCAGCCAUGCGUUCAGGCUCCGGUGCACCAGGGUCUCGUAUCCCCGAUGGAGGCUUUGGCGGGCGAACUCCUGCUGGCGUCAUGGAUGGUGGUCGCACUCCUGCAUGGGGUGCUUCAUCAAGAACACCUGCUUGGGGUGGCGCUGGCGGUUCUGGCCUAGACUCUGGUCGCACUCCGGCGUGGAAAGGGCCAUCAGGAUCUCAGACAUCCUAUGGCGGUGGCGGGAUGACUUCUUAUGGCGGCGCGGGCAACUACGGCACCACGGGCAGCCGCACACCAGCUUGGAGUUCAAGUGCAAAGACUCCUUAUGGGGCCGAUCAUGGCUUCAGCUCUUCCGGAAAUUCUGGGUUUGAUGCCUUUGCAGCAGGCUCAAGGACGCCUGCUUAUGGCUCUUCAUCGUCGCGUACACCUGCUUGGGGUGGUCCUGGCAAUGCCGCGUCUGCACCUACUCCCUCGGCACGCCCCUAUGACGCUCCCACGCCUGGCAUGUCAGCACCAACGCCAGCUGCUUCUGGUCGUUACGACGAUGACGCUUACACCCCUUACCUUAGUGCCCCGACACCUGGAGCCGGUGUUCAGGAUGCACCAACACCAGCGCCAAGUUUUGCGAAGGGUGCAAAUAGGGAUCCACUCGGCCACAACCGUCUUGGGUUUGAUGCUCCUACACCUGCAGCAAGCGCACCGACUCCGUAUGCCAGUGGUGCAUUUGAUGCGCCUACACCAGCAGCUGGAGGACCGCGUUAUGCAGAUGAUGAUGACGAGGAUUGA